GCAAAAAGGCAGUAGGCGAGGGUUUUCGCGCGCUCUCUCUCUCUCUCUCUCACACACAGUAUCUCUCCCUCUUUCUCCACCAUAGCUUUAGCUCUCUACUGCGCCGACAUCUCUGAUUUUCCAAGGCUUAACUCAGAACAGUAAGAAUCAUCUCAAUUUCGAAGGAACUAAAGCCAAGGCUAUAGAUGCACGAGGGACAUGAAAAAUGCCUGCUCUUUUACAUUUUCUAAGGCUUUAAAUUUUGGCGCUUUAGCUGCAAGAUCACUGAAUUCCUACUUGAGUUUGAGUUUCCCCUUGAGGUGUUCUAUUAGGACUGUUAGAAUGGAAAAUAAUAAUAAUGGCAACCUAAAGGUUGGCGAUGAUGGUUCCAGAGGCGCCUUCAUAGUUCUAGAAGGUUUGGAUCGCAGUGGAAAGACUUCACAAUGUAGCAAGUUACUAUCUUACUUGGAGGGACUAGGGCAUCCGACUGAAUUAUGGCGUUUUCCUGAUAGGUCGACUAGCAUUGGACAGAUGAUAUCUGCUUACCUUUCAAAUCAAUCUCAGUUGGAUGAUCACACAAUCCAUCUCCUAUACAGUGCAAAUCGGUGGGAGAAGAGCUCAUUGAUGGAAACUAAACUGAAAAGUGGAACUACUCUCAUUGUUGACCGUUACUCUUACUCCGGAGUUGCUUUCUCAUCUGCCAAAGGACUUGAUUUUGAAUGGUGUAAGGCUCCUGAGAUUGGAUUGCUGGCUCCAGAUCUUGUUCUGUACCUUGAUAUAACACCUGAGAAAGCUGCAGAAAGAGGAGGUUAUGGUGGUGAAAGAUAUGAGAAACUUGAGUUCCAGAAGAAAGUUGCUGAAAGCUAUCAGGCCCUUCGUGAUCCCUCGUGGAAGAUUAUAGAUGGCUGCCAAUCCAUGGAAGAGGUUCAAAAACUGCUUCAAGAGAUUGUGUUGGAUCAUGUUAUAGCAUGUAAAAAGGGAAGAGCCCUUUCUCACCUCUGGUGAUGCUACUUUUUAUUGUUAAGAGGAUUUGGGUGAGAUAUAGUGAGCUUCACAACUUCUUUUCUUUGAUUUCGAAAUAUUAUUUGGUAUGUGUGAUUUCCACUUUUUUUUUUUUUUUUAAACGGUUUUAUGUUUAUGUUUACACGUAAUUUUAGUAGUUUUUUCAUACA